AUGGAUCAACCAACUCAUAUUAUCGACCCCGAAGGAGAGGUGACCAUAGUUUUGCGCAAUGCCAAUCCUCCCUUUGCGCCAGACGACUACGAAGACAUGACUGAAGAAAUGAAUUCUUUCAAACUCUCUGGAGCAUGUGAAGGGCUGCCCGAUGAGCAACCUGACGAGAAGCGAGUUGCCGAAGAACAGCCUUCCGAGACGCCAACUGAGGAUGCGCAUCUCAGCGAGACAUCAGAUGACAAAUGUUUCCACAUUCGAGUCUCCGCGAAACAUUUGAUACUUGCGUCCCCGGUUUUUAGAAACAUACUUACUGGAGAUUGGAAGGAGAGUGUGGCUUACCUGUCUAAAGGUUCCGUUGAGAUCACUGCCGAGAGUUGGGAUAUUGAAGCGCUAUUGAUCUUGCUUCGCGCGAUUCACGGGCAACAGAGCCAAAUCCCUCGGAAAUUAUCUCUUGAAAUGCUCGCUAAAAUUGCUGUUUUGAUCAACUACUAUGACUGUAAAGAUGCCGUGUCUAUUCUGACAGAUUUAUGGAUCAAUGGUCUGGAAGAAAAGAUUCCCUUGACAUAUUCCCGGGACUUAAUGUUGUGGGUCUGGGUCUCUCAGUUCUUCAAACUGUCUUCAAAGUUCAAGACAUCAACAUCGAACGCUAUGACAUACUGUGAUGGCUCGAUUACUAGCCGUGGGCUUCCAAUCACCGAGAAAAUUAUGACAUCAAUGAAUGAACAUAGGAAUGAGGCCAUCAAUAAUAUACUCGCCCGUCUCCAUAAGGCCCAGCUGCAUGUACACUUAAACUAUGAUGAUUGGAGAGGACGGGAUAGAACAUUUAAAUCCUAA